GCUGUAGAUAAACUUUAUCAAUAUUGGGCUACAAUGUUAAGUAUAGCUAGAGAUAUAUUAAUGGAAGCGCAAGAAAAGCAAAAAAUAUAUGCAGACAAAAAAAGACAUUUUUGUAAGCUAAAAGAGGGAGAGAUGGAACUUCUUAAAAAUCUUGGAAAUUGUAAGUGGUUGGUCGAUAACUUUGAAAGAAAAUCAAAAUUAUCUUUAAGUAGUGAAGAGUA